AUGAUUUGUGGAGAGAAUGGAACGCCCACAUCAAAUAGGGCUAAGAAACAAGUGGUCAGAGCAGUGAAGUCAGGAUACUACCAUAAGCAGGUUAUGGAGAUUACAAGUGCGGCAGAGGAGCCGGCAAUCACCUUUGGGACAGAGGAUCUACGUACAUUGAUGUAUCCACACGACGAUGCGCUGGUGAUCAUGGCAGAUAUUGCCGGCUGCAUUGUUCACCGUAUCUUUGUAGACUCGGGUAGUGCCGUGAAUAUCCUGUACAAAGAGUGCCUUCAAAAUAUGGGAAUCGAGGUUCAUAUUGAGCCAACAAACGCCCCCUUAUUUGGGUUCGGAGGAGAAAUGGUCAUGCCUUUGGGUUAUGUGGAACUGCCGUUAAACCUCGGCAUUGCAACUGCUAAUAGCAAAACUAGGAUGGUGCGUUUCUUGGUGGUGGAUAUGCCAAAGCCCUCCUACAAUGUGAUACUUGGCCGGCCUGCCUUGAUGGCAUUCAGGGCGAAAAGGGAAAGAGUGACAGAGGGAUCGGAUACACGGAAGAAGGGGAAGGUGGGCGAAGUGAAUGCCUCGGCAGAGGAGCGCCAGGAAUUGGCAGACAUAUUGAAAGACAGGGACAGUACAGAAAAAACCGCGCUGGUGUCUACUAGUGAUGUUUGCAACAUGAUCGAAUUAUUCCCAGGGAAAGAGGGGUUUCAGACCAAAAUUGGGUCUUCCAUGAGUGAUCAAGUCAGGGACGAGCUCAUUAAUUGCUUGCGCAGAAAUGCGGAUGUGUUCGCGUUCAGCACCGCCGAUUUAAAGGGAAUUGACAGAGGGUUGGCAGAGCAUUGCCUUAAUGUGGAUCCUAAAAUUAAGCCAGUAAAGCAACGAACAAGGAAUUUUGGGGCCGAGAAGGACGCUGCAAUAAGGGAACAGGUCUAUGGGUUGUUGGAAGCAGGGCACAUUGUGGAAGGGUAUCAUCAAGUCAAAAUUCACAAGGGAGACAUUGCUAAAACGGCUUUUGCCGUCUGUUACGGGGUUUAUGGCUGGAAGAGUAUGCCAUUCAGUUUGAAAAACGCGAGGGCCACGUAUCAGCGGAUGAUGGAAAAAAUCUUCAAAGAACAGCUCUCCAAGAAUAUCUCAGUGUAUGUGGAUGACAUGCUUGUGCGGAGUAUAAGGGCAGAGGACCAUGUCUCUGAUCUUGAGGAGAUCUUCACUGUGGUUAGAAAGCAUCGGCUCAUGCUGAAUCCAGCGAAAUGCACCUUUGGGGUUACAACAAGGAAAUUCUUGGGCUACAAAGUCACGCCCGCAGGGAUUGAAGUCAACGCAGAAAAGGUCAAAGCCAUUAUGGAAAUGACACCACCCAGAGGGAUCAAGGAAGUGCAGACAUUGAACGGGCGCAUCACUGCUCUGAGCAGGUUUAUCUCACGGUCGGCAGAGCGCAGUAUGCCGUUUUUUAAAAUCUUAAGGAAGGGAACCAAAUUCUUGUGGACAGCAGAAUGCCGGGCGGCAUUUGAGGAUCUUAAAGUGUAUUUAGCGAUGCUCCCGACUCUGACCAAGCCGGUCCCGGGAGAAACAUUGUAUCUGUAUAUAGCCGUGGGGGAAGAAUCAGUCAGCUAUGUGCUCAUCAGAGAAGAGGGAAGUCAUCAGAGACCAAUUUAUUUUGUCAGCAGGAUCAUCCAAGGUCCCGAGCUAAAUUACACAGAGAUUGAGAAGGCUGCUCUGGCGGUCAUGGUCACGGCGAGAAAGUUGAGGCCGUAUUUUUUAUCACAUCGGGUAGUGGUGCGCACUGCCCUGCCUUUUAAACAAGUGUUGGGGCGCCCGGAUUUGUCGGGAAGAAUGGUGAAGUGGGCUGUGGAGUUGGGGGAAUAUGAUGUGGAGUAUGAGCCAAGAACAGCGAUCAAAGCACAAGCGUUGGCAGAUUUCAUCCAAGAAACAACUCGCCGUCUCGUACCAGAGUUUUGGGUUGCCUUUGUGGACGGAUCAGUGACAAAAGAGGGAUGCGGAAUUGGGGUAUACAUCACAUCACCGGGGUAUGGUACAUAUCAGUUUGCAAUCAAAUUCACUUGCCGACUGUCCAACAAUGAGGCUGAGUAUGAAGCUGUGGUCAGAGGGGCGCAUAUUUUGUCAGAACUCAAGGCCGAAUGUGUCAUCAUCAACACAGACUCCCAGUUAGUGGCCCAACAAUAUUCAGGGGGUUAUAGUGUCAAAGAAGAACGCAUGAGGGCGUACCACCGCAAGAUCAGCGAGAUGAAGGACAAGUUUAUGGAAUUCAAAAUCGAGCAGAUUUCCCGGGAAGAGAAUACGAAAGCAGACCUACUGGCGCGAAUGGCUAGUGCAGUGGAACAAACCUGGAGUGAUGAAAUUAUUUUACUCUGUGAUACCAGAGAGAUGGGGACUUCGCAAGUUUUUUCAGUAGAAAUCAGAGAUGACUGGCGGGCUCCUAUCAUACAUUUUCUCAAGACAGGGGAGCGGUUGAACAAGGAAUCUAAUCAGAGGGCCCGAUACGAAAAUUAUUACUUGCUUAAUGACCAACUCUACAAACGAUCCUUUACUCAGCCUUUACUAAAAUGCUUAUCUCUAGAGGAAGCUAACUUUGCUUUAAACGAAGUUCAUGCAGGGUUCUACUGGCCUAAUAUCAACAAAGACGCCAGAGAGUUCGUCCGCAAGUGUGAGACUUGCCAGAGACACGCCAGGAGAAUCAACAUUCCAGGGGAACCUAUGGGCGUUAUGUACGCUGCAUGUCCAUUCAACAAGUGGGGUAUCGACAUAGUCGGGAAGCUGCCCACGGCACCAGGGGGCAAAUGCUUUCUGCUUGUAGCGGUGGACUACUUCUCUAAGUGGGUCGAGGCUGAGGCUGUGGGGAAAAUCGAUGAGGUGACUGUGGAGCGCUUCAUUUGGCGGAAUAUAUGUUCCAGAUUUGGGGUCCCAAUGAUCAUCGUUUCUGACAAUGGAACCCAGUUUACAGGGCAGAGGAUCGCGGAUUUCUGUGAUCGGAUGGACAUCACUCAAAGAUUCGUCUCGGUAGCUCAUCCGCAAGCAAAUGGCCAAGUGGAGUUGGCCAACAAGACAAUAUGCGAAGGGAUCAAGAAGAGGCUGACUCAGAGCAGAGGCAAAUGGGUUGAGGAGCUGGAUACUAUACUUUGGGCCUACCGCACUAGCCCAAAGACAGCCACGGGUAAAGCACCAUUUACUCUGGUGUAUGGAUCUAAUGCGGUAAUACCAGCGGAGGCAAGAUUGGAAUUAUAUCGGAUAACAACCUACGACACUGAGUACAAUGCUGAACUUCGUCGAGCAGAGCUAGAUUUGGUGGAAGCACAGAGGGAUGAGGCCCGGGUCAGAGCAGCAAAAUACAAAAGCAUUAUCAAAGCAGGAUACGACAAGAGGGUCAGAGCACGGAAGCUAUCCAAGGGCGACUUAGUCCUCAAAAGAGCUGAUGCAUUGAAGGCAGUGGGCAAGUUCGAAGCUAAUUGGGAAGGCCCGUUUAUCAUCACAGAGGUCCUAGGUGGUGGAGUGUAUACACUGUCGGAUCCAGACGGCAGAGCUCUUCCUAGAUCAUGGAAUAUCAACAAUCUCAAAAAGUUCUAUGUAUAA